CCUCAGCCCAAUCCAGCACUUUUCCUAUAGUGUUGAUGGUGAUUCGACACUUCACGAUGCAGCCUCCAGUCAGAAGCUGCACGUGAUCGACUAUCGCCCAGCGCAGUGCAGUGCAGCGGCUGGGUGCCUGGGGGGGCUGCAAUACUUAUUCGGCGGCUUGCGACCAUCUUCUCUUUUCCUCUCCUCUCCUCUCCACCACACUCAAGGGUCGCAAAAACACCACGAUACUCUCUAGUCUUUCUUUGAAUAUCUAGAGAUAUCUGCCAGGGCCCAGUCAAUCAUUCUUGUGCGUCAAUUCUCUCUCUCUCUCUCUUUCCCUCUCACGACCCCUCACGCUCUUUCCGUCGCUCAUUCACAUCUACACACCCCUCCAUCCCAAUCAGAACCGCUCUCAACGUCAAUCACCACCACGCCACCGCCAUGUUCAAGCGCUCGUUCAGGACCAAUGACCGCGUGGAGAAGGCGACGAAGUUGAAGAAGUCCUCUCGGGAUCGAGAUGCGAAGUUGGCGAAAUUGAAGAAGUCCUUUGAGAGCUCGCCCGCCUCGAGGUAUGUCGCCCAGCCCUGCCUAAUCGGGGCGUGCGAACGGAAUUUGGGUGGCUGGAAAUAGUGACUAACCAGUGUCUGAAACAGCUCUCUCACCUCGCGGAUUGUGAGCUUCACAGUUGGCAAGGACGGACGACUCUUUGCGGCUCACGAAGACGUUCUCUCCGUCUCGCCGUUUUUCGUAACGGCCUUACGAGGACCCAUCCGUGAUUCGCAGAGCAUGAGGAUCGAUCUCCCCGACGAAGAACCAGAAAUCUUCUCGUGCAUACUCGAGUACCUAUACAAGGGCGACUACUACCCCCGCUUGGUGCACAACAAGCGUAGGAACUCUUGGGAACUCGAGGAUGUCGAGAAGUCCCCCAAUCCAGAAAACCCAGGUGGCCGCGGAUCAGUCGAGGCUACAACAUAUAUCUCUAGUGUGGGAGAGUAUCUCUUACGAGAUACAGUCAUAUAUUGUGCGGCGGAGAAGUACGGUCUCGAGGAGCUCAAACGCCUUUCGCUUCGCAAGCAAGGUCUGCAGAGUGGAAUCGAGGUUGCGACCAUCCUUCGCAGUGCACGAUAUGCCUAUGACAACACGCCGGACUCGGACUCGCGAUUGCGCGCUCAUUAUCUUGCCUUGAUUAUCAGAUGUCGCAAGACAUUUAAGAGGAGCGGAACCAUGCAGACAGAAAUGGAGAGUGGCGGUAAACUUUUCUUUGACCUUUUCGUAGCUCUUUGCAAUCAUGUUGACGAUAUUGUGGAUAUGGGGUAGGCUGAUUUCGUGAAAAAAGAUCCUCUUUUGCUACACUCAACCCUUCGAACCAUGCUGACUUUUCAAGCAAUGCUCGUACCCCAAAAACCAUCUAAACUGGCUGCAAUGUUCUGCGUGAGGUACUUGGCUCGGAGUUAAGCGAAUUUGAAUUUCGAGGACGACAGCUCAUCUCCAUCAGAUUGGACCAUUUAUGGAAUUUGCUCUCAACCAAAUUUCACUUCUAUCAAACGAGGUUGGCCGCCUUCCGAUGACGGGAUAACUUUCAUCAUCCUCUACUAUUUUUUCUAAUACCCCCUGCUUUGCUGUUUUUGAGAUCACGGAAAUGGAAAGGAAAUGCGAUUUGAAAUUUUUUGAUAGGUCAUUUUUGGGUCUUGGGCUUCGUGGGAAAAGAAUGCCUCGAUGGUGUUUGUUUGCUUUGAAGUCUCAGGAUCUAGGGCUUGCUACCACAAGGUCGGGUGACCUCCUCGCGCCACUCUCUUUGGUUGGGUUUUGAGUUUCUGUUGGGAUGCAUGGGGAAGCUGUAGCUGUAGUUGUGUUCAUGAUCUUGAUGGUUAUGGAUGAGGGAAAUUUUUCCAUAGUGGACGAUUUCGGACUUGGCCCUCGAUCAGGGUAUGCGUAAUGAGAAAAUUUCGGCCACCUCAUAAUUG